UCGGAUAUUUCCUAGUAUUCGUCAGAGAUCACGCCGCUCAUGAAUUCUCGGGGGGUGAGCUAUGAGUGAUGUCGAAAGUGUUGAUUAAGUGAUACGAAGAGAUGCGCUCAGAAGGAGCGUGUCGCUGACGUUCAUCACGGUUGCGACGGCGCUGACGUCUUCGGACGCCGCCGCGCCCGCAGAGCCGUCGAGCAGCGGGCAGGCGGCGACUGCGUUUCCGGGCGAUGCCUCCGGGUUGCCCACAGUGGCGGAUUGCAAACAUUUGUCCUUCAAGGCGACAAAUGGUGACGCUUUGAGCAAUCCGCGGACCGGUCACCCAAACGGCCUGGGGCUGAGCGCUGGGCUGUCGGGAGCUCAAGAUUCACCCGACAGCAGCGCUCAGCCCGCAACGACGCCGUCACCUCCGCCGCCGGCCAAUUCCACUAACGGCACCGCGGAAUGUAGCUCAACCGAGGACCCUCCAGUACUACCACCUGCCCACCCGCAGCCACCUGCAGCGGAAGGACUCGGCGCCAAGCUCAAGCGCCUCUUGCAACAGAAGCAAGCCAAGGCAGUGGCGCCGUCGGGUGUGACGCUAGCGCAGCUUUUGUCGUCAGCAAAGAACGGCGGUCAAUUGGUGGGAAUAAGUGACGAACGCGGUGGGACGAGGACUGCACAAGUCAUAUUGACCCCGGACGGACAUCUCGCAAUUCUUGCUCCGGUUGUUUCUGCCGGGUCGUCGGUAUCAGGGACUGCUUCAGCCGCGAUUGGGUCCCACAACGUUGUUCUCGCCCGCGCAAAUGGCAGUCUACAUGCUCAGUCGCCAAAUGUAGGAAGUGUGUUCGUCGCUUCGACCGGCGGCGGUGGACAAGUGAUGGUCCGUGCGCUUCCGCGGUCCAACUCGGUGCCAGUGGUGCAAAACCGAGCGUCCGUUGGAAGCCAGGCAUCUACCCAAACCCCGUCGGUGACGAGUCCGCCUCGUCCCAGGUCGUCGGCCUCCAACGACGUGUUGUCAUCCAGUGAUAUGUCGAGUGAAACUCUCGAAGGCCUCAUGGAGUUUGAGUCCAUCUUCAGCGAGGUGCGGGAGGCCGAAGAGAAGAAACGAAGGCAGUUGCAACAAAAUCAUAGUCAUCAAGCAGCUCCGCAACAACACCAUCAAGUGCAACCAGAGAUGAAGACCAAGCAGGGUAACGCGGUGGCGGCGGUACGAGUACGGGCGCCGAUAGCAGCCCCACCUACGCAGCAACAGGCGUCUACGACUGUGUCUGCGAUGAACAAGACUAUCGUGAACGUGAAGCUGCCGGAUGAAACGAAAUUGAAGGAUAUUCCUGAUGACAGCCAGGUAACACUGAACGUUCACAACGGGAAUACAAUACAGCCAAUCCGCCUGCUCGGCGCUGUGCUGAAACAAGAAGUGUUGCGCAACAACCCUGGUCUAGCCAACGGAACCCACACCGGACCUCUGGUGCUGUCAGUGCUCAUGACAGUGCCUGGGCCCGCCCGACCCGCUGCACCACCACCGCCUUCAAUUCUUACUCCUGCGGCACCACAACCGCCACCUCCGCCGUCACAAGCUGUGUCAUCCGUGCCUGUUCAGCCCGUGCCGUCGUCUGCAUCUUCAACGCAGGUAUCUACAGCAGCGCAACAGCCGCCGCCUCCGGCUGCAGUGAUAAAUUCGCCGGCGCCUCCGCCGCCGCCUCCUGCGCCCGCACUCGUCAAGAGUACGAGUAUGGGUGCGCAGACGACUCCGGUGACUACGAGCACGUCGGUUGGCACGCAAGCUUUGAGUCCUGCACUCACUGUCCCGAUAGUUGUGAAGGAGACGAAUGUUGGUGUUUCUUCGCGUCCUGUGCAACGGAGUUCGUCGCAAUCACCACAGCUGCCUCCCCCGCCUCCACCAUCGGCGGUCAAAUCAGCAGCUGUGGUUGCCGCCGCGGCUGCCGCCACGAAACCCGUCGUUACGCCGAACAAAGAUGAUCCUGAAGUCGUGAAGAAGGUCCAUCAAAUACUCGAGUCCUACCAGGAACAAGUUCGCAUGUCGCCAGAGGAGCAGUUCAAGCCUGCUCCGCGGAGGAACAGUUUUCCAAAGGACUCUGCUUUUAAGGAUUCAUCAACGGGAUUGCCGACGCCAUCAACAGCGGGUUGCAAGAAAAAGAAGAGCUCGGUGGCAGGGAAUGGUAUGGCGAGCAACGGAGCAGCCACAAGUCCUGCGGCUUUAUCGUCGACGAGCGAAACUUCAGAACGGGCGCCAUCAGUGGCGUCUGACUCUAAUUUGAGCUCAGACGGCUACCAUUUGGCAGGAUUGUCGCCAACACCGUCGAUCGGGUCAAGUUUGGACGCUGCAACUGUGGAACAAUCGUUGGAGGCACAAAGGCUUCAGCAGCAGCAACAACAACAACAACAAGCUGUUUCUAGAUCUACGUCGCCUCAGAUACCCGCGAUCAAGCAAGAUCCAGAUGGUCUAAAGCCACCGACCAACUGCAUCCUGAUGUCCGCGGAUUCGCAGUCGCAACAUCAAUACCAAGCGUGCCUGACCCCAGUAUCCCACACCGGCGUCUUGGUGGCGACGACCAGCUCUUCAGUGUUGUCACGUGCUCAGUACAUCGCCAUCCAAUCCGGUUCGGCGCCGCGGCCCGGUGGCACUGUUGUCCUUGUGCAAUCCAAGAACUCUCCCAACUUGCAGGCCCUGUUGGCCGGGAAAGUGGCUGUGACUGACAGGACGAGGGUGACAUCUCAUCUAUCGGCUGGGACAACGACGACGACAACAACAGUUUCGCCGUCAUUGGAGGAACUGUUGAGUCGACCGCCGCUCCCGAUCGCGAAACCCGUGGUUCCGGCGGACGCCCAACGGCUAGCCAAGUCGCGUCCGCAGGCUCCGCUCCAGCGGCGUCCAUCAAGCGGAGCCGCCUUGCCCGGCGGAAUGAACGUGCUUCGUUCUCCGGCCAAGAAGUUUAUGCUCGUCACGUCUCAGGGCUCGCAAGCAAGCGGAGAAGUGGCUCCGAUGAUGACGGCUGUGGUGAAGGUGAAAGAAGAAGAUGCAGCGACGUUGCAACCGUCGUCUGUUGCUUUACUGCCGCAGCAGCAUCAGCUUCAGGCUGCUCCGAACAUGGCGGCGCUGCCGAGCUUUGAGACGCUGAAGGGCGCCGCGUCGCCAUGGAGGUCGGUUGUCAAGGAGGAGUUUGAGGUGAAGCCAACGCGAGGGAUGUCGGAGGCGGGUGUUCAGACUGCCAAGGUUGCUCUUACUCGCCGUGUUGACGUCGAUGGUGGCCUGACCAAUGCAUCUGUCGGUGGAGGGACAAAGGUGGUGCUGAUGCGGGAUGUUCAGGGAAGCUUACAGCCGUUGACGAAGGCCGAGUUGGCAAUGCUAAAUCCCAACGAUUUGGCGAUUAGUCUCGGACAGCUCGUUGGCAACGCUGGUGGCACACAGGCUGUGGUGGUGUCCGGACCGAGAAUGAUGUCGUCUGGGUCACAGUCGGAAUUACAAAAGAAAGUCGUGCACAUCCCAACGAGUUUAGCUGCAAGGCCACAAACGUUAGUCAGCGUGCAGCGGGCAAAAGUCAGUCACACGAAUUUUCCCGGAGCACGAAUAGUUCAAGCUUCACAAGUGCCGCAAGUUCCGACGCGCGUUCAAUUGGGAACAAGCAACAUGAACGCGGGUGUGCAGCAGCGGAUGCCGUCGAGUCCAUCGGAGGACUUGCCGUCUCGUCCGCUGCUGCCGCCUUCGCCGCCGCACAUGCCGCCGAUCCCGUCGCCGGAAGAUGCCUUCAUAUCCUCCCUGGACUUCCUGCUGCAGCCGGAGCACAAAGAGACUGUGAAGCCCGACACGGCGCCGGACCAGGGCCCCGGCGGCGACUCUGUGAUGGAACCUGUCAUUGGUGAUGACGAUGUCUGCGGUGGAGAUGUUUUGAACCCGGCGCUGGCGGCUGCAACCGCGAAUAAGGCAGCUGUUGCUGUUCGAAAGCGUCGACCCUCGAAGUCCCCCACGUCGCCGAAGGGUGUGACAACGGCGGGUUCAAUCCCGUUCAAGCGGAGAAGAUGAUGGUCACGCAAUUAGUGCCGCAAUGAAUGGUUUUUUUGUCUCUCCCCUUUCGUCUCGAUGAUGUGUUGGCUGGACCGGGUUCGUACGUGUGGGCCAGGGGAAAAGAUAAAAAUUUAGGGGGGCGUCUUCAUUCUUGCACACGACACGUCGCCCUGGAAUCCCCUGCGCCCCGCCGUCUCGAUCAAUCUCCGCGUGUGUUGUAACAUGUCAUUUAUAUUUAUUUUUAUCCCUCCCGCGGAAUGAUGGGCUUCCGGAACUCGGUCACCCGCGUUAUUGAAGAAUUUGUUUUUUUAUCUAGCAUUUUUAAAAACCUGCGAUGAAUUACGUUAUUCGUGCUUGUUUCCAUGUUGACUAAUUUUGUUUGUUCGAAAGCUGGGGGAGGGGGGGGGGGGGCGAUCAGAAAGCUGUAUUAAGCAGGAUGGAAAGAAAGAAUAGAGUGAGGAGGCUAUACUUGAGGUUUUUACAUUGCCUGGGAAGGAAACGAAGCGGGACAGACGCACUUGUGGACGAACUAACCUUGGACUGAGUUUCAAGCGAGGUUCAACUCAUUGUUUGAUCUCGGAUUGUUGAUGAACGAGGAGUUGAAAAGAUGGCUAGUCACUGAGGCUCGUUGGGCGCGGUGUGUAACACUCAACCCAAUAGGCCUUCCUGAUCUUUCUCCUGUGGGAAACUACCCUUAACGAAGUUUGCAAACGAGCGUUGUGUGAAUUCACUGCCUGUGGGAUAUACGUAGGUGGCGGGUGUGAUCAAUCGUGGGGGAGGGGGUUUUACUGGGAAGCCAUCAAAGCUUUUCUCUUCUCUCUGUUAUCUUUUCCGACUGAAUUAUGAAUUUUUCAAAUCCUUUUGUUGAAUUGUAUCAAUUAAUGAGAUGUCCGGACCAGAGGAGCCUAAUUGUGCAAAUGUGUCAUACUGGUUUCUACGUGUAACGACGUCGAAGGUCUUCAUUAUUGAGAAACGCAAAAGUAGUUCCAAAAUAACUUUUAGCAAAAUAUUUGAAAAAAAUGUCAUCCCUGCGCUACAAGCGCACCUCAGUUUUCAUUUAUCCAAAUCCAAAUUUUAGAAACUGCAAUGGGUAAAAUCUAAGAUGUUCAAAAAUUGAAAUAUAUGUCACUUGAACAUUUUUACCCAACCAUGGCACGCACACCCUUUUUUGCUAAAAUGUUUUAGGUCGUGGGGAAAGGGUGCGUGUGAACUUGCGUAAGUAAGAUAAAUGGCGAUUAAACUAAUUUUCUUGUAAUUUUAGUUCUUAGAAGUUACUGUGCCAGGUUUGCUCUUUGCCAGAAACUUAUUCCUUUUGGCUAUGUUCGGCAUUCCAAUAUGAUAAUUCUAGUGUUUUUCUUUUUAAGGAACGAGCUUAUUUAAAACAUCCAAGCAACAGGUGAAGUUGUUGCUUUUAAAUAAUCAUUUGAUAAAAAUGGAAAUGUUCGUGUGUGGGAUAAUUCGAAGCUAUCAAUGCUGUUGUAUCCUGACCGUACCUAGAUCGUUGCACAAAUAAAUUACAUCUGUGCUCAUCUGUGAUGAAUGCGAAGCGUAUUUUGAGCAGUGCAUGAGAUAUUCCUCGAGACUCUGGAGUCGUUUAUUAUUUCUUACGAACAGUCGUUUUGAAAAGGAAACAUUGGGAUUGAAGAGCUUUGAUGUAACUGACCAGAUCAGAUUUUUUGUUGCAAAAGAAAAUCACCUUCCAGAAUUGAUGGCAUAUGUUUUUCAGUUUUUGAUUUCAUUUGCCCCGUUGAAUUGCUUUCAUUCGGGCUUUUAGAUAAACAGUGUUCAUCAGCAAUCUGCAGUGAGAAAAUAUUAGGAAACGCAUGGUUGACUUCGAACAAUUAUGUUUGUGUGUCAGUGUAUGUGCUACACUAAUCAACGACUAACUUUUUUUUCGAGAUGUUUCUUUUUUCUUGAAUGUUUUGUCACGUUUGUUGUUACGUAUUUUAGGCCUCGUCCAUUUGCGAAGUUGCAUCAAAAAUUCGCAAAAAAUGCAGUUUAUCUGUCUGGUCAAGGGGGUCUUGUAAGAGAGGUAACGCCUGAUACGUGUUGCUUUAAACCCAGUGCAGUAAUCAAAUAACUGUGUUCUGCAAUGUUCCCAUAGCCUUUGUCGCUUUUCCAAAUAUCUCAUUAAAUUUAAUUUGUUUGGAGGUGGUGAAUCAUUGAAAUGCAGUUUGCGGCAAAACAGAAAUCUCCAGGUUUCAAAGAAGCAAAGAUAUGCAUCGAACAAAAAAGCAUGUGUCUUAACAGAUGAACCCUUGAGGAUUCCUAACAUUUUGCUUUCUAGGCGCACUUAUUCAUAGUGUUUCGUGGAUUUGCUCAUGUUGCAUUUUUUUAGAAAGACAGAUUCCGAAUUUAUGCCACCAAUUAGGGAAGGGAGGCUUAUUUUGAACAGUUUUUUUCUGUUUGAAAGUCGGCGUUUGAGUCCUGCUGGAUCACAGCAGAGGCCAAGUGGUUUGAGUGAGUCUAUUGUGAUGUCUGGAGGCUGGGCGCGGGUUGUGACCGGGUUCCGGAAACGCAGCUGCUUGUCGUGUGGAGACGAAGGAAAAAAAAAACUUUAAAAACAAAGAAAAAAAGAAACGGGGUUUUUGUGAAGCAGGCGUGGGUUUUUAGAGAGUCGCUCAAAACGGUUGCAAUCGUGUCAGAUCUGCGGCGGUGGUGCUUGUGGCGUGCGGCACUGUUAUAUUUCUCGAUUGCUGUGUCUGUUGAAAAAGAGAAGAAAGAAACACUAGAACGAAGAGACUUCGCGGAUCUCGUCGCGCACCGGGCAGCCACGCGGUUUUGUUUACUUUUUCUUCUCCUGUAUUUCUUCUUUAUGCGCAUCCAAUUGCUUUUUUUGUCCCUCGAAAAAUGUUGUGUAGUGCGUCGCAAGUGGCAGUCGUGAAGUUGAGGCCCUCCAUCGGACUGCAUUUUCUACCAAAUGCGAGGGGUGUAUCUGGAGGAUUCCUCGGGGUUUGUUUGAGUUUCUUGAAAAUCAGCAGAUUAGCGAAGUAUUUACAAUGUUCAAGUCUUGACAUCUGAGUUCUCAUGCUUGUUAUAUAAUUUUCCAGUUUUUCAAGGAAACAAUUCGGCUUUUGAACAUCCUAAAAAUGUGUUAUACGCUCUGGAGGAAUCCAGAAGCAUUUGUGAAUGAGGUGAAUCGUUACAUAAUUAGUGAUGCUAAUCUCACUGCCGGUGACAUCUACCCGAGUGAACGGAAACAAAAAUGAUAUAGAUACGUUGAUGCAGUCAAGCGCCGUAAGACGCCCUCUGAUGAGCCGCCACCCUUGGCAACCGCCAAUUUUUUUCGAUAACAAAAAUUCUUGAAUAAAUACAUUGCAAACCCCGUUAAAAAUUCGUCUGCCAAAAUUUGUAACCCAAGUAUGCUCCUGCCAAUUAAUUUUUCCUUCUGAUACCCAGCCAAGAUGAUUUAGGUUUCUGUGAGAAACCUCGAAAAAAAAAAUUUUUCAACACACACAAUGAUGACGUAAUUUAAUUUUUGGGAACAGUAGCUAGAUCCAAGUUAAACAUCCCAAUAUUAUUUUGAUAGUUUUCUGAAAGAAUCAUCAUUUCAUUUUAUAUAGUAGUGUACCUGAUUUUCAAAUCAUUUUGGCUUUUGAUCAACCCCAACCCCUUUAAACUUCCACGAACAAAUGAUGUCGGUUCAUUAAGUUUUGGCUAAAUUUAGAAACAUCCUUCCAUCUUGUAUCAAGUUCUGUUCGAACGUGAUUUCUGGAUCCCCUAGUUGUUGUGUGCAUCUUCCGGCUCUAGCAUUUGAGCAAAAGCGGUGCAGCUUUUAAUCUCAAAUGUCAUUGAAGAACUUCCUGUGGUUUAAGUUGUUAAAUCUAGUUUACAUUCAUUAAAACACAAAAUAUGAAAUUGAGAAGCUAUGUGUGGGAAAAUCUCUUCAUAAGCAUUCAAAUACAGUACUGGAUCUCUUAUGGGUAGACUUGAUGUCAUGACUGAAAACAUUCUUUUAACAAUCUGAAAAAAAAUCUGCAGAUACAAGGGAUUCAGGAGAUUCCGAGGAAAUCCGAGCGAAAAGCACCCAAAUUAGGUCGUUUCGUACUCUAGCAUUUGUUUUUCUAUCUUGGUCCAAACGCGGAUGCGGGUUGUGAUACGUUGACAUGCUGAAAGAAAAAAAAAGUCGUGUUAUUCGCGUUUCGUUUUCUUCUGCAUUCGUUCUGAAAGAAGUCUUGAAUUUGUAAUCGUUUGGCCGAAUCUCCCGCGGGAAUUUUUCGCACGUUUGUUCAACGCGAAAGCAUUUCGUUUUUUUUCCCCCGCCGUUCUUUUGUUUUUUUUUUCUCGAAUCUAUCCUCGUCUGAAGGGAAGAGUUCAUGAAUGCUGCUUGAUACCCACUGCAGAAACAAACCGGAGAAGACAAGCCAAAUCUCGUGAUGUGAAGAAAGAGACAUGAAAACACGUUGGAAAAAAAGAGGAACCCAUUUAUAUUGCAUGGAACAAUUUCUAGUCCCGCCCAGAACCACCCGCGCGCUUUUCUUUUUUCCCCUUACGGUUUCAGAAUAUUUCUUUGCAUCAGUCCAUAAAUACGGUAAUCGCGUGUUUUUUUCUAGCUGGUAAAUUUUGUUCUGGUUGCUGUGUGGAAUGAAGCAGGUACACCCAGUGUUUGUUUUUUUUGUCGCGACGGUGUUCACAAGCCCUUUUUGGAGGAGGAUCAGUGUCUACUUAUUUUUUUCCUCGUUAUCCGUGGCGGGUCGCAAAAAGAGAAGUGUGUUGAGGAUGAAGCGGAGAGUUGGAGGAAAGGGAGAGUUUGUAGGGAUCAUCACACACGCUUUCGGUUUUUCCCCCUACUCCUCCCGUCUUUUUCCAGUGUGUAUUUACGAUGUAAAACUCGAUGAAAACGUGGAAGGAAUGCAAUGAAGUUUUCCCCUUCGGAGCUCA